UUGAACCAAUUUAGCCACCGACAGAAUUCUUAACACUAUGCCUGAUAGCUGUUGUCUCAGAACCUGCCAGGCUGUUCCAUCUGCACCUACCAUACCCUUCUACUCCAAUGGUGGCGCCCAUGGAAAGGCUAUCUACCUGCCUAGUUCCUGCCAAGGCAAAACGUGGCAACUAGUUACCUGCCAAGAAAACUGCCAGCCAUCUAGCUGCAACUUGAGUUGCCCUGACCCUACAUGCUGUGAGCCCACAUCCUGCCAACUGACUUGCCUUCCAUCAGCAUCUCAUGUGGGUUUCGUCUGCCAACCCAUUUGUAAUACUGCUAGGUGUUGUGAAGCUAGUGGUGCCCAAUCGGCUUGCAUUGUCAGCAGUUGUCUGCAACCUUGCUCUGAAUCUAAUUCCUGCCGAUCGACUUGUGAUACCACUGCCUGCCAACCAGCUUCCUGUCAGGAAGCUGUGUGUGAGCCUGGGUCAUGUCCAUCAGCUUGCUGCCAAUCAACAGGCUGCGAGUCCAGUUCCUGCCAGCCAAUCUGCUCUGAAUCCAGUUCUUGUCCUCAGAUGUCCUGUCAGCCAGCCAUCUGCAUGCCCAGUUCAUGCCAACCAACUCCUUGCCAGAUAAGUUCAUGCCAACCAACUAGCUGUGAAGGCCAGUCCUGUGGACCAACUUACUAUCAGCCUGUCUACUUUCUCAGCUCUUGCCAACCACUUCCUUACAUGCCUGUUUCUUGUCAGCCAUCUUUCUGUGUGCCUAGCUUUUACAAACAAACUUCCUGCGUUCCUAUGUCCUUCCAGUCCUUUUAUUGCCAGCCACCUUCUUAUAUGUCUUAUGUCUGCCAGCCAACCAGCUGCCAACUCAAAUGCUCUGUGCAGAAUUCCUGCAAAUCAGUCUGUGGAACGUCUCUCUCCUGCCAACCAACUCGUUGUGUGCCCUCUUCCUACAAAAGGAACGCAAACAAGUCCACUUCUUUCCAGCCGGCUUGCUGUGUGACUGGUUCUGAAAAACCAUCUAGCUGUGGCAUUGGUUACUACCAACCUACUUCCCCAAGUUACUGCAAGACAAGUAGACACCUGCUCAGGUCCUGCCGACCCAAUAGCUAUGCAUCCAGCAUCCACAAAUCUACCUAUUGCUAAUGGAGAAGACUGCCUCAUAUGAGAAGUCAAGUCUGCUGAACAGCACCUUGCUGCAUUGCUUACGUCUUAUUUCUUGGUAUACAACAAAUUCUCCCAAGCGUAUCUUUCUGCUGUUCAUCAACUAUGCCAUACAUACUCUCUGAUUCCAAUCCCGAAAGUCUCUGCAGGCAAUGGAAGCAGAUGCUAGGAAAUGAUUUUCUUAAAACACAAGGGAAAGACACUGGGCAACAACGGGUCAAACUAUGUUUUGUGUUUCUUGAUUCUGUCAAUCUCAUUUCAUUUCAGCAAAUGAUCUUUCCUGGGUUCUUUCUAUACUAUUUAAAAGGCAACUUACUGCCUUUGUUAGU